AGAAAAAGUAAUAAAUUGUAUCUUGUUGGCAGAGUCAUACGAGACUUAAGAAAGAGAUAUGGGUCAAUUUAUUCACAUCGCAACAUGUUAUUCAUCACUUGACAACGGUUUCAGCAGUCUCGACAAAUAAUGUUUGCCUGUUAGGUUUAGCUUGGCAUGUGGGAAUGGUCAAUCCUUUCCUUCUGUCGGUAUAGCUGUCGUGGGAAUGGCGUCCUCAUCAUUCGACGUUUCAGGGCUAAGCGACCUGUCGUCUACUAGCAUAGACUAUGGAGACGUACCUCCUCGAGCAGCAACAGCUCCAAGCGGCCGACCGGGCACCUCCGCUGGGCGCCCUGGCACAUCGGCAGGCCGUCCAGGCACAUCCGCAGGCAGGCCUGGCACGUCCGUUGGAUAUAGGCCGGCAGCAGGGCGGCCGCCAGCAUCGGCACCUCCGGGCGGCCGGGGAGCACAGCGGGACAGCUCAGCGUCGUUUGAGUUGUCAGGGUCAGACCUGUCGGGGUCAAUUGAGAUAGACUACGAUGGGGAUGCUCGAGCCGCCGCGCCAACCGCCUGGGGCCGGCCCCCGCCCGGACCAGCACCGCGGUCCUCCAACCCGCCGCCCCGCAGCAGCGCCGCCCCACCGCGCCGCACCGCUGCCAGCAGCAACCCCUCUUCUAUCUCCCUGGGCUCUGACGAUCUGGGUGACCUCGAAAUAGAGCAUUCGGGCUCCUCCGCCGGCCAGCCUCGCGGACGUGCUGCCCCUCACAGCGCUGCGGGGCGGUUGUCCCGACCCGCGCCCGGCUUUCCGCCGGGUGCAGGCGCGGGCUCGGGAUCUGGGUUCGCGCGGCGAGAACAGGCUGUGGAGGUGUUGAGCUUGGAUGGACCUAAGCCCAAGAAGACCAACAUUACGCGGGCCGGCCUCUCGCAGCAGCCCCUGCGAGAGUCCACCCACACAGUCACCCUCUCCGAGGCCGAGAGUCUCGACCUGAGCGCCAGUCUAGACAUCGAGCACAGCGCCGACCUGCAGAUGCCGCCACCCCGCCGCGUCACACCCAUCACCGGCACCCCAGAAGCAGCCCGGCUGCAGCAGCAGCGCUACUUCUCGGAUGGCGGAGACAGCGGCAAUAUCAGCAUGAGCGGCAGCAUCGUCUUCAGCGGCGGCGAAAGCAGCACCCUAGAGAUCAACCAUGAUCGUGAUCAGGGCGUGUCGGCUUCGUACGACAGUAGCGGUGGUGGUGGUGGUUACGGUGGUGGCGGCAUGCCGCGGCCGCCGUCGCGUCGGCCUGGUUCUGCGGCCCCCGCUGCCGCUGGUGGUGGUCGUAGGCGAAGCAGCAGUGUGAGUGUGUCGCUGAGUGGUAGCAGUAUUGACAUUACCGGCGGCAGCGGCGCGGGGCUCAGCGGCGAGAUUGUGUUUGACACCUCGGAGCUGAGUGGCGAGCUAGGCGGCCGGCCGCCCAGCCGGCGACCGCCCUCGGCAGCGCCAAUGGGGCUAAGGCGGGACGAGACGCCGUCCAUCUCAGGCUCCUUCACCGCUGACGAAUCCCUGCUGCACUCCUCCGACCUCGCCGUCACCGGCGACACCGCCUCCUCACCCACAGCCCCCACCCACCGGCAUGCACCCGCCGGCGCCAGCCGUCUCGGAGUUACCUCCGCUGGCUCCACUCCCACGCCCGCCUCUCCGCUGCAGCCUCCCUUCCAGCAGCACCACUCGCUGUCUCACCAGCAGCUGCGGAACCUGCAGCAGUCUGAUGCUGCCACGCAGCGCUCAGCUCGCAGCAGCCUCCCGCAGAGCCUGGGCGGGCUGACGGCGGAGGCGGCCUUUGCUAGCGGCAGCAGCAGCCGCAGCCGCACGAUACGCAGCAUCUCGGGAGAUGGGGAGGGCGUGGGCAUGCGCAUGGGUGCAGGAGCUGGAGGUAGUGGGAGCAGUGACGGGGGUAGGGGUAGGGGUAGACGUGGGAGUGGGAGCAGUAAUGGUGAUAGUAGCGAUGGCAGGGGGGUAGGUCGGGUGUGGAUGGGUGUGGAAAGCCUGGAGGACAUGAUGGUGAUGCCGGGGGGUGCUGGCAUGGGCGGUACGACAGGGGAGUCGUACGACACGUACGGAUCAACCGUCGUUGACGACAGCGGGGAUGUGAGCAUUAUGCGCCAAGUGACAGCGAAAGCAGCAGCCACAGGGACAGCAUCCCGGCGUCGUGCGUCUACCAGCAUUGAGCUAAGCUCCUCCAUCCUAUCCGAACCCAAAUCCCCUGUCGCUGUUGGCGCCGGCGUUACAGUCUCCUCCGAAUUCCUAACCUCGGCUUCCAGGGGUCGGAGCCGCCGAGCAGUCGACAGCGGCGGCGGCAGCAGCUCCUCUCGUAGAGGUGACGGCAACACGUCCGGCGGCGGCAGCGGCAGCAGCAGCUUGUACGGCAUCAGCGGUAGCGGCCACCUGCGAGCAACCUCCCCGCCUGAAGCGGCUAAAGCAGGGCGGGGGCCUCAUCGCCACAGCAGCUCUUCAGGUAUAAGCUCCAUCUCAAUACAGAGCCACAGUACCGGUAAUAGCGACAUGCGGCCGCCGUCAAGGGGAAAGAUGAUGCCUCCACCGCAGCAAACGCAGCCGCAUGCAGCCAUGCUAAGCCCAGAUCGACGGGGUGAUGGGCAAGUAGGCAGAGGGGGUAGCAGCAAUACUCGGAAGGGGGGCCUAGCGGACGAGGAUAGCGGGAGUGGCAGCGGCAGUGGCCUGAGCAUUAGCGCUCUGAGGCCGGGGCUGAGGGGCGCUUCAGGGGCCGCGGGUCGGUCGGCGGCCCGUGCAAGUGACAGCGGCAGCUUGGCUCCCUCCUCGCCGUUGUCUGCACUGCCUGACAACGGCGACAACGGUGUCCGCGGAAGGGACGAUGCUCGAGGCCGUCACAGUGUGCAACAGCGUGGAGGUGGUAGCGACAGCGGUAGCAUCCGCAGCAGCAGGAGCCGCCGCGGGGACGGAGCCAGGCACGGCUUUGGCGAUUUGGCCUCAGAGCCGAGCAGUGGCAGCGGCAAUAACGAUAAGAGCGGCAGCAUUAGCAGCAGCCAGGGUAUGCAGUCUGUAGGAGGCCUGCAGACUUGGGAAAUGCAUCGAUCGGGAGAAGAGGAAGAAGGCGAGCAGAGGAGGGUUGUUGCGGCGGCUGAAGACAGCGAAGAAGAUGACCCCCUGGCAGGCCUCCAGGUGGUGCGUAUGGGCAGCAGUAGCAGCAGCAGCAGUAGCAGCGGUAGGGAGAACAUCAUGCGGUUUGAGGAUCUGGGAUUGGCUGCAGAUGUGAGCGCGGGCGCCGCUGCCUCUCCCUUCAGGGGAUCAGUCCCAGCAGAGGAUGGGGACGUUGAAGAUGAUGAGCGCUACACGCCGCCCGAAUCCCUGGCCACGAUCUCCGCAGAUGUGGAUACGGACGCAGGUGGCUCGGGCGCGGAUGGCUUGCGCGGCUUUGUUCGGGAGCUCUCGCUGAGGCGCCCCGGCUCCUCAGCACAUGGCUCUGGGUCGCCCGAACCGUGGCUGCAAUCAUCUUCACGGCAGCGUCAGACAGCGGAGGGUGCUGAGGAGGCCUCGGUCAGUAGCCGCAGCCGGAAGGAAGGACGUGGCGAGGCGGCAGCCAGUGACGCCACUGGAGCUAGCGUGGGAGAUGCCAUGGCCACCGUCGCACGGCCGCCGCCGCUGUUUGUGGGUCGUGUCCCUGACCCGCGGGUCGCUGCGGUGGGAUCGCCGCCGUUGGGCGGCUCUAGCAGCCUAGGCGCUGGGAGCACAGUGGUGGAAGAGGAGGAGGACGUCCUCGGGGGCCCUCGGCGGUCGCUAAGGGGGCCGUCGGGGUGGCAUUUGCCGACUGUUGAGUCGGAGCAAUCCUCGCCCUCCCUCGGACGGAGCCAUCAUCGGACAGCGGGCGUCGAGGAGGCCGCCUCCCCAGACGGUCCCCAGGACCUCUCCCUCUCACAGAGCGGUCCCCUGGGAGUGUCAUCGCCCAUCGCACCUGCAUGGGCCACGUCCUCACCGGAUAGGCUCGGCGGCCGUGGCGUGGGUGGCCCAUGGGUCGGUCGCAUGACGGCGGAUUCGCUGCAGUACUCCAGGGACAGCGACCUAUCGGAGGAAUUCAUUCCUUCCGGUCAGGCCAUGCAGAGAUCCCUGCGGGAGCAACCCGUCUUCCGACCCCUCAUGCCGUACAACGCCACCCCCCGCAUCUCCAUUGCCGCCGACAACAACACCAGCAGCAGCAGCAGCCCCGUGCCCGCCUUCACCGUCCGCGGCAGCAGCAUCUCCGCUGCUGCUUCCUCCCCCGCCGCGACUGCCACCGCAGAUCCCCAUGCUACUGCCCCAGCCUUCCUUGCCUCCGCCUCAAGCCCAAUACACAAUGACUACCCUCAAUCACCACAACCACCACAGCACCAGGUGGAGACGCUUGCGCCCGUGUCGCCGGCUGUUGCUGCAGCGGCUGCGCCGCCUCCUCCCAGCCGCUCUUUCGCUGCCACCCAGACGGAUGUCUACACAGAGGUGGUGGAUCUGGACCCCAUUCCCCGCCCUGGGACCGUCAAGCUACGCACUGUGGGCAUGCAGUGGGGCACCCUCAACGAGGUGUCGACUCAGGUGUCGUAUGACACGGCUUCGGAGCGGCUAUCAGAGGCGGCGCAGCCUUUGGCCCCUGAUGACGUCAGCACGGCGCUACCGCCCCACCUGCGGCUGCAGCUGCAGCACCACCUGGCCCAGCAGCAGCAACUGUACGGACCAUUCACCAAGAGAGGAGCUGCUGCAGCGGCCAUGGGGCCACCUUCGCUGCUGCAGGCGGGGGCCGACGCUCUGCUGGGCGGCGUAGCGCCCCUGAGUGGCAUAGGGCCCGGCUUCGGCAUCCUCUCCCUCGCCUUCCACUCCGUCAAAACAGCAGCCCUACUAGAACAGUUGGAAAGGAGCCUCAGCAGCGCAGCUGCCGCCGCCAGUCUGCCACCGCAGCUGCAGCAGCAGCAGCAAGGUACCGCACCCUAUGGUUAUCUCCAUCCGUACGGCAUGGGGACGCCGAUGAUGGUGCCAGGUGGUGGAAUGCCGUACAGUCCGUACGGAAUGCAGACGCCGCCGCCGCCGCCGUUUCAGCAGGGGUGGUGGCCGGCAGGGGCGGCUGCUGCUUCGCAGCCACAGCAGCAGCAACCGCAAACCAGCGGCCAGGCCGCUGCUGCUGCUUACGCGGCCGCCGCGGCGGCAGCUGCAGCUGCUACCGCCACAUCUGCCUCCGGUACAGGAACAGAGCCCGGAACUGCUACUGCUGGCGCGGCGGCAACGCCUCUGCAACCCGUGCCGCCGCCCCUGCUACAGCCCUCCUUGUCUUCGCCGGCCCAGCUUUCACCACGCUCCCCCUCCAUGGCUGGCCUCACAGCAGCAGCGGCGGCGUCCACGCCCCGAACCAGCGGCGGACCCCCCGGCGGCGGCGCCUGGGCAACUCCACCCGCCGUCGGUAUUCCCGGCAGCGGCCGCUCCGCUAGUCCGCUUCCGCUGACGUCUCCGUCGCGCCUGCGUUCCGUCUCCACCCCUGCCGGCGCCCUCCCCGCCGCGGCCGCUGCCGUCACCAACAGCAUGCUGGCCCAGGCCAACUCCAGCGUUAGCGGUAGUGGCGGCGCCGGCGGCGUCGGCGGCACCAGCGGCAGCCUUGGCGGCGGUACGACCAGCGUGCCUGGCUCGGCCUUGCCGUACGGCCCUGCCGUCACCGCAUCUCACAGCGCGGGAGAUGUGUCGUACAGACGGGUCAGUACCGGCAGCGGCAUGAUUCCGGGGCCCCGGGGCGCUCCGUCGACUUGGUCGGGGGCUCCUCAUGCGGCCGCUGCUGCCGGCGGCGGCGGUGCCGCAGCGGUACAUUAUCCCAUGUCGGUUGCCAGCAUGCGUAGCGCCAGCAGCUUGGAUUAUACAGCGGACUUUUGUGAGGAAGAGGAGGAGGAGGAGCAGCACCACGAGUACAGGGGAGCAGCAGCGGCGGCACGGAGGGAGGCCAGCGGUGUGAUUGAUGAGGUGGAUGAGGAGGAGGAGCAGGAGGAGGAGGUCGAGGAGGAUGACAUUCCCGAGGAGGAGAUCGAGGUGGAGGAGUCCAUACCCGAGGAGGAGCCCGCAGGCGGCAGCGGAGGCGGAGGCGGGCGCGGCGGCAGCAGCGACAGCGCCGACUACAGCUACAGCGAGGACUUUGAGGUGGAGAGUGUGGCGGCGCCCUCGCGCACUGCCUCCUUCAUGCGGCGUAGCAGCAUGGCGGGGUCCUUCAGCCGGGGGAAGCUCAACACCGCCCUGUCCGGCACCAGCUUCUCCGGCCGCUCCUUCAUGCGCCGCAGCUCCAUCCGCGUGCCGCACCUCACCCCCAUCAGCGCCUCCUCGGAGGGAGGCAGCAGGGAGGAGGAGGAGGAGGGCGGCACGCCGGCAGCAGGCCGCUCCCUCAACCGGCUUGGCAGCAUCAUCAAGUCCAGCUCCGGCUUUAAGCGCACCGCCUCCAUCUCAAUCACCAUGGCAGACGACCCUCUAGCUCCCAACCAAAUGGCACGCAUCCUGCCAACAGCCUACAACACCACCUCAGGCGGGGGAGCCCCACCCGGGGCUGCUGCGGCAGCAGGCUCCGGAACCAGCCCCACGGGACGAGCGCUGUCUUCGGGUGGCGCUGCUGGCGGUAGCGUUUCUAGAAGACGUAACUCGGCUAGCGAGGCUGCAGCGGCGGCUGCGGCUACAAGUACGGCUACGGCUGCUGCUAGUACUGCUCCAGGAGGCCAGCAGCAGGCGCAGCAGCAGCAAGAGCCAGGGUCGGGAGCGACCCAUGGGUCACCAGCGCCCCCUCCUGCAGGAGCCUAUCCGCCCGGAUACUACUAUCCUUACCCGCCGUACCCUCCAUAUCCAGCGCCUUAUCCGUACGGUCUGACACCACCACCGUACGGUAUGCCGUACCCUCCGCCUCCACCGCCACCCAUGCAGCCAACCGCUGCUGCUACUCCUGCCAACGUGGCAUCCGUGCUACAGUACCUUCCACCGCCCAUCCCAGUGCCAUCAAGCAUGUACUUCUACCCGCCCCAAGCCCAUCCCCCGGUCGCCGCACCCAGUGCCGGGGCUGAGGGCCCCUCUUCAGCGGCAGCAGCAACACCAGCUGCCGCCGCCGCGGCUCACGCUGCUCUGCAUGGAGGUGCAUUUGCCACCGCCGCAGGGCCGUACCCCCAUCCCCACCACCACGUCACCUUUGCCGACGGCACUGCGCCGCACAGCUCGUCAGGUGCAGCGGCCAGCAUGCCAGGCGGCAAGGGCCCCAACCCGACCGGCGCUGCCGCCGCAGCGGCAACACCCAGCUUCCCUCCUAGCGCCGGGCCGGGUGCCUGGUCGGCGCCGGCAGCAGUGCCUGGGCACGCAUCAGCUGGCUUGGCGCAUGGACCACCUCACGUGCCGCCAGCUGUCGGGGGUUACGGAGGUGGCAUGGGGGUGCCGCUGCCGCCCGGGUAUGCCGGCUUGUCCUUGGGGCUGGGCGGUGGCGGCUUCGGCCUGGGUAGCACACCGCUGUUUAGCGCACAGAGUACCCUGCAGCGCUUUGGCUCGGUGCUCAGCAGCGGCGCAUUCCCGGGGCUGGACCCAGCCACGGUUCGCUCCAUUCGCUCUGACCUGGUCAAGACGGCGGCAGCGGUGUCGGGUCAGAUAGGUUACGAGGAUAUUGUAGCGGAGGCGGGUGCGGCUGAUGAGUACCGGGCGCAGUUGGCUCGCGUGCGUGCCCGACUGGCGGCGGCACGCGCCUCGCUACCUUCCGUGGUGCCCAGCCAGGACAAGGUCGUACUGCUGCGUACGACUGCCGUAUCCGUACAGUCAGCCGUUGCUGUGGCAGCGGCGGGUGGCCAGCAGGCACAGGUGGCAGGGGUCAGCAGCAGCACAGCAGGCGGCAGCCGCAUCCUGGGAGUGAGCACACCUGCACCUGGCUCAUAUCGCUAUACGACCCUGGAGGACACGCGCAGGCUGAUAGAGGCUACGCGUCCUUACUCGGUUGUGGGUGUGAGCUGAGCUGCCCGGACCUGCCUGACGGGGAGCAUGUGGGUGGGGCUAGGGGCAUGCAAAGGACAGAAACGCCGCGCAGAUGUAUGGUAUGUUUUCGGGUUACGGAACGUUAGGUAGUGCGCUGUUGUACGGCGCUGGUGGUGCAGGAUGUGGCGGUUAGACGUGUGGACGUCAGGCUGGACCGGGGUAGGUAAUUGGCGCUGUGCGGAUUGCCCCAAAAUAUGCAAGCUGGCUCUGAACAGUGGAUUGCGGGCGAUCCGCGGGCUUCCCGCUGUCUGCUGUAGAA